AUGGCUUCCAUCCAAUGCCUGAAUCCUAAGGCAGAAUUGGCUCGUCAUGCCGCUGCGCUGGAGCUCAACAUCAGUGGGGCAAGAGGACUACAGGAAGUGAUGCGGUCGAAUCUCGGGCCUAAGGAUUUCAAGAAGAAGUUUAGGUUGGUGUCAGGAGCAGGUGAUAUCAAGCUGACAAAGGAUGGCAACGUUCUUCUUCAUGAAAUGUCAAUCCAGCAUCCAACAGCGUCACUCAUUGCAAAAGCCUCUACAGCUCAAGAUGAUAUUACCGGCGACGGCACGACAUCGACUGUUCUUUUGAUUGGUGAACUGCUAAAACAGGCCGAGACUUAUAUCUCAGAGGGAGUACACCCACGUCUUAUCACCGAGGGCUUUGAAUGGGCAAACGAGCGUACUUUGGAGCUCUUGGAGAAAUUCAAACAGGAGGUUACGAUUGAUCGUAAUGUGCUUAUUGAAGUGGCUCGAACCUCACUCCGCACAAAACUCCACCAUAAGCUUGCUGAUCAUAUCACAGAGUGCGUAGUCGACGCUGUUUUGGCCAUUCGACAAGGCGAUGCGGAGCCUGAUCUUCAUAUGAUUGAAAAGAUGGAAAUGCAUCACGAGACUGAUAUGGAUACAACUCUAGUACGUGGUCUAGUGCUCGAUCAUGGAGCUCGUCAUCCCGACAUGCCAAAGCAUGUAGAGAAUGCCUAUAUUCUCACCUGUAAUGUUUCUCUGGAGUAUGAAAAAACCGAAGUCAACUCUGGCUUAUUCUACAAAACUGCUGCGGAGCGAGAAAAACUACUCGCGGCGGAAAGGGACUUCAUUACUAAAAGAGUUUUGAAGAUUAUUGAUCUCAAGAAAAAGGUUUGCAAGGCUGGAGAUAGAAAAGGUUUCGUUGUUAUCAAUCAGAAGGGUAUCGAUCCUCCUUCGCUAGACCUGCUAGCAGCUGAAGGCAUCCUUGCACUUCGUCGUGCUAAACGUCGUAACAUGGAAAGACUACAGCUUGCUGUCGGUGGUGAAGCUGUGAAUUCUGUAGAUGAUCUCACACCAGAAGUUCUUGGAUAUGCAGGACUGGUCUACGAGCAUACUUUGGGUGAGGACAAGUACACAUUUGUCGAAGAAUGUAAGGACCCAAAAUCUGUGACGCUCCUGAUCAAGGGACCAAACAAGCACACCAUACAGCAAAUAAAGGAUGCUCUUCAUGAUGGUCUUAGGGCUGUGUUCAACACAAUAUCUGACAAGCAUCUCCUACCAGGAGCAGGCGCCUUCGAAAUAGCAGCGUAUUGUAUGUUGAUGAAGGAAAUGGAGAAUCUGAAAGGACGAGCAAAAUUAGGUGCAGUGGCGUACUCGAAUGCUCUACUGGUGAUACCAAAAACCUUAGCCAUCAAUUCUGGUUAUGACGCCCAGGAAACUAUCAUGAAGCUUGUCGAAGAACGAAAUGCCGGUGGCGAUAUGCCGGUAGGGAUAGAUCUGGAUAGCGGAGAACCUAUGCAACCAACGGUUUGUUCGUUCUUCCACUCAUUGGUCUCAAAUUCUCGCUUUUGUUCAGAUAUGCCAGUAGCUACCGUAGUUUAA